GUUGAUUAAAAAUGGAACACAAGGCUUUAAAAAUGGCAAAAGGGCAUACAAGAACUAUAUUCUCCCCUUCAAGAGCUGUCAAGAGGGAUAAAAUCUUUGUGAAAGUUAAUAGAGAAUUAAGCAAUCCAGAUUCUGCUUCUCUCAACCAGGGAAAGAAAGCAUCGAAAAUUAAAGUUAGAAAUAAGGCUAUCAAAAGGACCAAAUUCAAAACCCUCCCAGGGUCUCAAUGACUUUCUAAUAUACUAUCCAAUCGCAUGAAGAGUGUGUCACCAAAUCGGCUCAAAUACAACCAGUUUUUGUCACCUAACUCUAUUGUUAAGAAGAAUAGGGCAAAAUAUCUGAGCCCAAUGCAGAGAAAUUCCAAGUUUGAAGCUCUUAAAAAAGUCCAGAUUAAUACCUUAAAGCUAAGAAUGCCGAAUAAGACUUCAUAUAGGAAAGAAGUCUUUAAAAAGAAAUAUAACCUGAAAGGAUUGAACAAAUUACAGAAGUUCAAUAUCAUAGAGGAGUCGAAAUAAACCAUCAAAUUCGAGGAUUUCCAGCACAUAUAAAGAAAUAAUAACUUCUCCUUCAAGACAUAAUGCUUCCGAAAAUAGGAGAUACCAUCAUAAACCAAGUGUUAAGACUGAUAAUGGCUCUAAUAUUGACGUACUGAAGACUCAAUCUUUCAUGCAGAGUAAACCUAACCACUUGCAUCAGAAAUCGAGCGGGUAUCAAUUCGAAGUUUACAGAUCUCUUAGUCCUGAAGAAGGCUCCUUCAAUAUUCUGGAUGAGUACUUAAACAGUGAUACUUUUGAUGCCAGAUUAGACUCCUUCUUCCCUCAGCUAGGAAACAAGGGGACUUAAAAAGUGAGGGACUCUAAGCGGUAAUGAUGAGCAUUUAUUUUCAAGUUA